AUGGGUUGGUUUUGGGCAGACACUCCACAGGCUUCCACCGUCUCGAUUCCACAUGCCUCCUCAAAUGCAUCUCCUCCGCCGGGAUGCCCGAUGCAUGAACCAGGCUCGAAGUCUUCACCUCCGCCAACGCCUGCUGUUGAAACUCCCAGCAGCUGCCCUAUGAAAUCGAAAGAUUCUCCAUUUUACUCAGCCCCAAAAUCAGCACCGGCGCAAACACCGCAGCCACCCGCCAAUACGCAGCCUUCGGCUCUGUCAAAGCUUAAUCCUUUAAACUAUAUGUUCUCGUCUAUCUCCCAAGAGCGCGCUGCCAAUCAAACGGUUGACCUUUCUGUUGAACGUGAAGGUUCUUCAAUCCCAAGAGGCGACGGCGAAGGAAACUGGGAAUAUCCAUCUCCACAACAGAUGUACAACGCCAUGCUGCGCAAAGGACACACAGACACACCUCAGGAUGCGGUAGAGUCGAUGGUUGCAGUGCACAACUUCUUGAAUGAAGGCGCCUGGGAUGAAAUUGUGGGAUGGGAGCGCGUAUUCGCCAAGGGUCUCAAGUCCGGAUGGCAACACUGCCGGCGCGGCGAGGAGAACCUGAGCAUGGACCUGACCUAUGCAGACGAAAAUGGUAAAUUUGAUGCGACCUCUGAGCCUCGCCUGCUCCGAUUCCAGGGUCGGCCGCAAGAGUGGUCCCCUAAAGCACAGAUAUACCAAGCCUUGAGCUGGGCGUACCCAAGCAAAUUUCAGACCAGCCCUCCGUUUGACCGCCACGAUUGGUAUGUCAUCCGCCAGACACCUUCGGGCCCGAAGGAAAUUCGAUAUGUCAUUGAUUACUACUCUGGAGAUCCAGAUCCCCACGGGCUGCCGGUCUUCCACCUCGAUAUCCGCCCUGCGUUGGAUACACCGACGGCCGCUGCAGAGCGCUUAUUGAGAUGGGGAGGUGAUGUCUGGUGGAGGGCUAGUGGCGCAUCUGUUCGUGAACAGGCCUCGCGCUAA